UGAGGCGCCUGUCACAGAGGUGUGAAUGCAAAGACCCCAGUGUAUGCCUUUAUUUAGAGGUAUCAAUUGCCAAAGUCACCACGCAGGGCACUGGUUCAGAACAAGCCGCCUCAGCGUUUCCACACAGCGUCCCGCCCGGCGGUCAGGCUGCGCUGCGCUCUGGGGAAAUGCCUUUUGGCGCCCAGUGGGGACCCCGCGUGGCCAAGGCCGGCCUGCCUGGCGCUGUGCUGAGGGGCGGGGCGCUGUGCUGAGGGGCGGCCGGGCCCAGCGCCUCACGUGACCCUGCGUUGUCCCGCGCGAGCCGCCGUCGCGGCAAGAUGGCGGCGGACUCGAGCGACGGCGAGGAGGAGGAUCUGGUGAACUACGGGACGGCGCUGCAGCCCCUGCAGGAGGGCGAACGAAUUAAGAAGCCAGUUCCUCUUCAGGAGCAGACUGUUAAAGAUGCAAAGGGGCGAUACCAGCGUUUUCAUGGAGCAUUUACGGGUGGCUUUUCUGCUGGUUACUUUAACACUGUUGGCACUAAGGAAGGAUGGACGCCCUCAGCUUUUAUAUCAUCACGGCAGAAGAGAGCAGACAGAACUGUUCUUGGACCAGAAGACUUUAUGGAUGAAGAGGAUCUUAGUGAAUUUGGGAUAGCCCCAAAAGAUAUUACAACCACAGAUGAUUUUGCAUCCAAAGCUAAGGACAGAAUAAAAGAGAAAGCUAGACAGAUUGCAGGAGUAGUUGCUGCCAUUCCUGGAACUAGCGCACUUGAUGAUUUAAUAGGACCAUCAAAAAUAACAAUUGGGGUUGAACUGUUGCGAAAAAUGGGUUGGAAAGAAGGACAAGGAGUUGGACCACGAGUCAAGAGAAAGCCACGUAGGCAGAAACCUGACCCUGAAGUGAAAAUAUAUGGCUGUGCAUUACCACCUGGGCUGUCCGAAGGUUCCGAGGAUGAAGAGGAUGAAUACCAGCCAGAAAAUGUGACGUUUGCACCAAAAGAUGUAAUGCCUGUAGAUUUGACUCCAAAAGAGAAUGUCCACGGACUUGGCUAUAAGGGUUUGGACCCCUCACAAGCUUUGUUUGGUGCAUCUGGAAGAGAGCACCUUAAUCUGUUUGCAGCUGAUUCUGAAGAUCCAAGUAACUUAAUUGGUGAUGUGAGAAACAAUAGACGAAGAAAACUAGGUAUCACAGGCCAGGCUUUUGGUGUAGGAGCUUUAGAGGAGGAAGAUGAUGAUAUUUAUGCAACUGAAACAUUGUCAAAAUAUGAUACAGUUCUAAAAGAUGAAGAACCUGGAGAUGGCUUGUAUGGCUGGACAGCACCUAAGGAGUAUAGAUCAAAAAAAAGGUCUGAAACAGAAGUGAAAUAUAUAGGCAAAAUCUUGGAUGGCUUUUCCUUGGCAUCAAAGCCAUCAGCUCCAAACAAGAUUUAUCUGCCACCUGAUCUGCCACGAAAUUACAGACCAGUCCACUACUUUCGGCCUGUAAUAGCAGCUGGGAAUGAAAACUACCAUUUACAAAAGGUGUUAGAAGAAUCAACUGGAAAACUGGGGAGUGACGCCACACAACAAAGCAGGCAUGCAUUGAAUGCGUCUCAGAGGAGGGAACAACUAGGAGAGACUGUUCUGAAAGGUCCAGCUCCGUCUGUUUUGGAAUACCUGUCUGAGAAAGACAGAGAAAGACUCAAAGAAGUAAAACAAGCAUCUGAACAACAAAUGAAAGCAAAAAUGUUGCCUCAGCAGCCCCGGAAUAGCAGAUUCCAGCCAGCUUCCCCAGACGAUGCUUCUCAUAAAUGGCAAAUGUUAUUGGGGGGACAGUUAGCAAAUGCUGGUUCUAGUGACUUCAAACCAUUCGCAAGAGAUCCAGAAAAACAAAGAAGAUAUGAAAGUUUUGUGAAAAGCCUUAAACAAGGAGAAAAAGUAGAUACGUUGGAGCGUUACUUAGACCCAAAUAUGACAGAAUGGGAACGAGGGAGAGAACAAGAGGAAUUCUUCCGUGCAGCGAUGUUCUACAAGUCCUCCAACUCAGCGCUGGCAUCCAGGUUUACCCGGGCCAAAUAUGAAGAUGAUGCUGACAAAGUUGAAGUUCCUCGGGACCAAGAGAAUGAUAUUGAUGAUAAGGAAUCUGCUGUGAAGAUGAAGAUGUUUGGUAAACUCACGAGAGACAAGUUUGAAUGGCACCCUGAAAAGUUGUUGUGCAAAAGAUUUAAUGUUCCUGAUCCAUAUCCUGAGUCUUCCAUUGUUGGUUUACCAAAAGUGAAGAGAGACAAGUAUUCUGUAUUUAAUUUCUUAACUCUGUCUGAGCCUACUACAUCUGUAACACAAGACACAAAUGAAAGAAAACAAGAGAAUAACAGUGUGAGCAAACCAAAGAAACCUUCAAGAUGGGACAUAUCAGAUAAAGAGAAGGAGAAAAAAGAUUCUAUCAGUGAAUUCAUUAGUCUUGCCAGAUCAAAAGCUGAUCUUCUGCAGAAGCCACCAGUGCCAACAACAGAAGAAAGUGGAACAAAGGCAGCUGAAACACUUCCCAGUGAGGCAGAUAAUGAGAAUAAGGAUCAAGAACAGGAAGAAGAAAGCAGACCGUCCAUGGACUUAUUUAAGGCCAUCUUUGUGAGUUCCUCAGAUGAAAAGUCUUCCUCUGAGGAAGAGAGUGAUGAAGAACAGCAGCCUUCUACUUCAGUAGUAGAUUCAGAAACCACUGGACAAGCUGGUCUACCUGGUAGUUCUUCAUCUAACAUACAAGACAGUGUGGCUGUUAAAGCUGAGCCUGGUGUUUCUUCAUUGCCUGCUUCAAAGCAGGAACAGAAUAAUGCGGAGGAAUUUGGACCGAAGUUGCCUCCAUCUUUUUCUUCUGGCUCUACAUGGCAACAAGAAACAGUGGUGCCAGCAAGUUCUCCAGGGCCUGGCAGGAAAGAAAAACACAAAAAGAGCAGAGAGAAACACAAGACUAAGAGAGAUCACAAGCAUAAAAAGGAAAAGAAAAAGAAACAUAGGAAACACAAAACCAAAGGAAAACAUAAGAAUAAAAAAUCAGAAAAAGACAGCAGCUCAGAUACUACAGACAGCAGUGAUAGCCUUAGUGAUACAGAUUCCACAAACCUGUCACCGAAAGAACUUCUAAGAAGAUUGAAACAACUUCAGUAUUGAAGAGGCAUCUUUCUUCAUUACUGUGUGAUUUUUAGAUCUCAAAUUUUUGAUCUCCUCCGUGAUGGUAGAUCAGUCUUGUGUAUAUAUAUACUUUGAAGCAUUGUAGAUAACGUAUUCAUAUUGAAUUUGUUUGAAAGUAAAUGUUUAUAUGUUUAUUUUGUGAUGUUUCAUAGGAUUAAAAUGUAAUGAUUAUGGAAUGUUGAAAAAAAUCUCUUCUGUAUAGCAUAAUGUUAAAUACUGCAGGUUCUGUUUUAAUUAACAUGAAGCAAGAUAUUUUAAUAAACCAAGUAUUACAAAUCAUUUUUGUACAGAAAUGUUAUAACCUCAGACCUCUAAAACCUUAAAUCUCUCAAGAAGCAUGGGAAUGGCACAGAGUUCUGGGGAGGUUUACACAAGGCACUUGGAAAAAUUUAUUUGCCACAAGGGUGGUCAAACGUAGUCAGCACCUAGUGAGGUGGCUGGUUCCCUAUGUCUGCCAGUGUUUCAGAGACAGUGCCCUCAAUAGUAUGCC